UUGCCUGCAGGAAUUUCUUGAAAAGAAGAAGAAGAAGAAGAAGAAGAAGGAAGUAAACAUGGCGGCCGUGUCUCUACGAAACUCUGCGACCUCUCUGUUGUUGUUCAGCCGCAGGUUGUUGGUUCCGUCGCUAAAUCCCGGUUGUUCUUAUCACAAAAAGGUGGUGGAUCACUAUGAAAACCCAAGAAACGUGGGCUCUCUGGACAAAAACUCAAAGAGCGUGGGGACCGGGUUGGUGGGUGCACCAGCCUGUGGUGAUGUAAUGAAACUUCAGAUCCAGGUGGAUGAAAAUGGCAAGAUAGUGGACGCAAAAUUCAAGACAUUUGGAUGCGGAUCAGCAAUUGCCUCCAGUUCUAUUGCAACAGAAUGGGUGAAGGGGAAGUCGAUCGAUGACGCUCUGAAGAUAAAGAACACAGACAUUGCCAAAGAACUCUGCCUUCCUCCAGUCAAGCUCCACUGCUCUAUGCUUGCAGAAGAUGCCAUAAGAGCAGCUCUGUCUGACUACAGACUAAAACAACAGGACAAGGAGGAGACUCGUGUGAAGGCCAGCGGUUAAAGUGCUGUUAUUAACUGUCCCGUAUGGCAGUAUCCCAUCGAUAUUUCAGCACCAGCCGGUGUCUUGCAGCAGAGAAGUGCUGUAUGGAAGAUGAGCUGCCAAUAUACUACAUCAGGUCUUGCUCCCCUCUGGGAUUUCUGGGAGUUUUAAAGCCUGUAUAAACCUUCACGGCUGUGGGAUUGUUAGUCUCUUGAACUCAAGCCUGGAUGUUCAAGUUCCAGGUGUUAACAGUGUUUAAUGAAUUCAUUUCAUCAUAUAAUCACAAUAUUGGGGAAUACUGUUUCCUAAUUUGUUGUGUUUUUCUACAAAUUAAGAUAGAAGAUGCAUCAUAAACAGAAACUGAAGGUCAGGGGCCUUUUUUCCUUUGUGUAUUUUUUGGCAUUUUGUCUUUAUUUUGGCUUGACUGUGUAAAACCUCUGCUCCCUCAUGGAUGGUUCAAGUCAAGAACUGAAGUACACUUACAAAACCAUGAUACAGAAUAUUGUAUGAGACUGUUCUUAUUGUGCAUUAAACGAAUACAAACAUU